UUAGAAUCAUAUUGGAAGGGAGAUAACAUGUAAACUUCCUGUGAUGUUUCGAUGUUGACCAAUCAGACCAUGAACAUGAUGAAGAUCUUCGCUUUGUAGGAUACUCCUGGUUUGAGAAAAACAAACAUUUAAGAUGACAGACAAAGCGACCCCCAAUCCUUUGGAACAGUUCGUUCUCUUGGCCAAAACUGCCAAGGGUGCUGGAGCUGUAGAGCUUAUCAAGCAAGCCCUGGAUGCACAGGGAGUUUACGUCUUUGGAGAGCUUUUGGAUAUGCCACAUAUUCAGGAGCUUGCAUCUGGUGCACAUUCACAAUACUUCAACCUCCUCAACAUAUUUGCUUAUGGAUGUUACAAAGAUUACAAAGCAGCCUCCUCCAGCCUUCCAUCAUUAAGUCCAGCACAGUUAGAUAAACUAAGGCACCUGACUAUUGUUUCCUUAGCAACAAAAAACAAGUGCAUUCCCUAUUCUGUUUUAUUAGAAGAACUGGAUAUGCAGAAUUUACGAACACUGGAAGAUUUAAUUAUUGAAGUUAUCUAUGCUGAUAUUGUUCAUGGGAAGUUAGAUCAAAAGAACCAACAACUGGAGGUGGAUUAUGCUUUAGGUCGAGACAUUCGACCCGAAGCUGUCCCAGAAAUUGUAUCUGUCCUUCAAGACUGGUGCACAGGCUGUGAGGCAAUGUUGCAGAGUAUAGAAACCCAGAUCUCUAAAGCUAACCAAAAUAAGGAGAACAACAUACGAAUCAAACAUCAGAUUGAACAGGAAGUUGUCAAUAUCAAGAAAACAUUGAAGAACACACAGCAACAGGAUUCAGAAGAACAGAUGGUCACUGAUAGUCAAGUGUCUAUGUCCUGUGAUAAACCAAGCAAGAAAUCCUCCAAAACAAAGGGAUUAAGAGGAAGCGGUAGUGCUAAGCUCUGGAAAUAACACAGAUGGAAUGAGUGACAACUAUGGACCCGUCUUUUACAUAUAUUGUGACAUCUUGUUCCACAGCAAGGAGGAAAUUAGAAUUUUUUUUUUACAGAUAAUAUGGACUGUUAUAACCAUCAUGUUUACUCCUGUGUAUUAUUGCUCCAUACUAUGAACUUAUCUGCCAUCAGGUUUUGGAACAUUUAAUAAGUUUUGCUAUUUGAUACAGUGUUUGCCAUCAGGACUUGCAUUAAAAGUCAUUAUUUUCUGUUA